UUGUUGUUGUUUUAACUUUAAAAUUUCAGUUGUUUAAUUACAAUAUAAGACCCUAAGUCUUGGGCAUCUACCAUGGAGGCUGAGCCACCAAAACUAUCUACUUACCUAGGAUUUGAUUUCAGCACACAGCAGGUCAAGGCUUUGGUGAUUGCUGAUGAUUUGAAGGUUCUGCAGGAAGCAGCUGUGCACUUUGAUUCUGAAUUACCAGAGUUUAGAACUCAGGGUGGAGUGAUUCAGGGUGCCAAUGGAGAGGUCACAUCACCAGUAGUUAUGUGGAUCAAAGCGUUGGACCUUGUGCUUGACAAGCUACGUGUGGCUGGCACCGACUUCAGUACAGUUGCUGCGCUGUCAGGCAGUGGGCAGCAGCAUGGCAGCGUGUGGUGGAAGAGAGGCACCAGAGAAGUGCUCACUAAUUUGGACCCUCAGAAGUUCCUGCAUCAUCAACUGAACAGUUCACUCUUUUCUCGUCCCAAUGCGCCAGUGUGGAUGGACGUAUCUACAACCAUUCAGUGUCAGAUGCUUGAAGAAAAACUGGGUGGAGCUCAGAGACUUGCAGACAUCUCUGGAUCACGUGCAUACGAGCGCUUCACAGGCAACCAAAUAGCCCGCACCCACAGCACAAACCCUGACAUAUAUGGCAACACUGAGCACAUCUCGCUGGUGAGCAGCUUUGCAUGCAGUUUGAUGCUUGGUGACUAUGCUCCCAUAGACCUGAGCGACGGAUCAGGCAUGAACCUUCUUGAUAUCAACACCAAAGACUGGCAUGAAGAUUGCCUCAAGGCGUGUGGCGUGGGCCUGAGGUCGCUGCUGGGAUCUCCCGUGCCAAGCAACACGGUCGUGGGCAAAGUCAGCAACUUCUAUGUUGAGCGCUACGGGUUCAGUGCAGAGUGCAAUGUUGUUGCUUUCACUGGCGACAACCCUUCGUCACUUGCUGCGAUGCGUCUGGACCGAGGUGACGUGGCUCUCAGUCUGGGUACAAGCGACACGCUCUUCCUCUCAACGAGCCGCCCCACUCCUGGCCUUGAGGGGCAUGUCUUUGUCAGCCCCAUUGACCCAGACCUGUACAUGGGCAUGUUGUGUUUCAGUAACGGGUCCCUGACUCGGGAGGGCGUGCGGGACAAGUGCGCUGAGGGGUCCUGGGACAUCUUCAGUGAGCUGCUCGAGUCCACACCGCGGGGGAACUUUGGCAACAUGGGUGGGUCAGUGGGCAGCAUGGGUGGGUCAGUGGGCAGCAUGGGUGGGUCAGUGGGCAGCAUGGAGAAGUGCCGCGUGCUGGCCACGGGGGGCGCGUCUCGCAACAAGGCGCUGCUGCAGAUCGCCGCUGACGUCUUUCAGGCUCCGGUCUACACCAUGAAUGUAAGCAACUCCGCUGCGCUGGGCGGCGCCUACCGCGCCAAGCACGCGUUCAGGGGCGGCGCCUACGAAGACGUCAUCCCGUGCCCCACCUACACCCUGGCCACCGAGCCUGCUGCCGACGCAUCCAAGAUCUACGGACAGAUGCUGGACCGACUCGACAUGUUCGAGCAGAAGUUGCUGGCUGAGAGCGGCGCUACAUAACUGUGGUCUAUUGGUGGUCUCAAGAACAACUCGGUUCGUUUUCUCAAUUCCUGGUCAAGGGAGAAGAGCCUGAUGCAGCCGUCGGAAAAUUAAAAUCGUAGUUGAUGAUGCGAGCUCUCAUUUUGUUGGAAAUUUAUUUGUAGAAAAUUGCUAGUUUAGAUUCUCACAAUUGGCCUGAUUCGGGGAUCGAUUGUACAUGCAGCGCAGCUAACGGUUCGAUGAUAUUUGUAUGUGCUUCCUGCAGACGGUUGAGGGUCCAGAAGUUCUGCGAAAAUAUUGCUUAUAAGAGUGGGCGUGACUUGUUUUAACACUUUUUGAACAAAUGUGGCAUCUUGUUCGGUGUGGCGACCAUAGGAAUCUUUAGGGAGUUCCUCUAUAUGAACUCCUAAUCCUAUCCAUAACUCCUACCAAAGUUUUUCUUUUUCGUCUCUAUGUUAAGCAGUCUACCCUCUUUGUACCGUGACACAGCUUUAAUAAUCGUCCAAUGAAAGAUUUAAUCAAUCCAUUCCUAUGUCUUUAAGCUACGCGGCAGCUUUCUGCAGCUGUUAACUGUAUAGCCGACAUUUAAUGCUAAUUAAGAUAAAAAGUAAUUAAUCCUUUACAUAGCUCAUUGUGAAGGCAUUCCUCAUUUAAACAUUCCAUUACUUAAAAGGUAACUAAGUUCUACGCUGUCUUCUGUGCGUAUAUGUUGACAUAUUAUAAUUGUUACGUGUUAAUUGUUAUCUGUGGUGCUUUUAAAUCCAAAGAAUUUGUUUAGGUUCUUUGUAACACGUUUUGUAACACGCUAUGUAAAGUUCGUUCUUUAAAUUACUAAUUUUUCUUUAUUAAGUUUAACGUGUUUACAUUCCAGAGAUUUAGUCAUGAUGCUUAGUGCAUGCGACAUUAUAAUUCACGUCGUGAUAAGUAACGAAUAUUCUUAGUAAAUAAUCUUGGCUCUUGUUAAGGUUUUUAUACGAAUUUAUUGAUACAGCUAAUACAUCCAAAUUUAACAUAGAUUGGAA